AAAGAGAGUUGUAGAAUUGUCUUUGAUAAAAUAUAAGAGACUUGAUCACAGACAUUAUAUAAAUGAGAAUUUUCACAUCAUGUUCACCAGAUCAUUCAUAUUUAUGAAAUAUAGGUUAGACGGUUUUUAAAUGCAUAUAAGAUUACAUUUGUGAGAAUUCUCAUAUCUCAUUGGUAAUCAACAAUCCCGAGGAAGAAGCAAUAAAGAAAAUGAUUAGGCCUGGGACAUUUUAAUUAAACUUACCUUAGGAGUUCUUAGUCUUGGAUAUUCACAGAAUAUAUGAUACAAAUAAAGAUAACAAAGAUUUUGCUGAUGAACAUUAUUAGAGUAGCAUUGUCAAACUAAUAAACUCUUAGAUUUUCCAAAUCAGAUUAUUGGUGCUUCUGGCUGUCUGCAUAAAGUAUCAAAAGGCCAUGCUGUGGAAUGACAACUCGCAAUGACCGAGAAACAAAGGCUAGAUUCCCUAUUGAAUAAUGAAAGGAAGUUAGAGACUCAGAUUUAGCUUCAUUGUUUCUACAAUAAGGUACAUAUAUAGUCAAAUUUAUCAGCUUCUCUCAAUCGAAAAGACAAGGAAUAACUAACCCAGGAACAAUUAAACACCAUACAAUACAUUUUAAAAAAAAAAGAAAAAAUAGCCUCCGCGAAUCUAUGUGUAAAGUGCAUCACCGGCCUAUGUCCUGCAAAAGAAAAAAUUAUCUGCUGCUGCAUGAUUACCCUUUUUCAGAUGAAGGCUUUUUUCACCCUUAUAAAUUGGUGCUAGAAUGCCAAAGGGUCGAUCCCAUCACAUGAACAUAAACUCAGCACAAAACUACCAACAUGUCCCAACAACUUUGAUGCUAGAAAUUCUAACAAAAACUAAGGCAGCAGUUAAUUCUGUAAGAUGGAGAGAGUAAACGCGUUAGCAAAAACUAAGGCAGCAAUGAUAUUCAGCAAGAGCACAGAUUGCAUGAGCCACAGCAUUGAGACACUUUUCCAUGAACUUGGUGCAAGCCCAGGAGUUCAUGAACUGGAUCACGAUCCUAAAGGACAGGAAAUGGAAUGUGCCUUACAAAAAUUGGGCUGUAAUCCAACUGUGCCUGCAGUCUUUAUUGGUGGAAAGUAUGUGGGCUCAGCAGGAGAUGUGCUUGCUGCUCACCUUAAUGGUUCUCUCAAAGAUAGGCUCAUGCAAGCAAAAGCUAUCUGGCUUUAGCACCACUAUAAUUCAAGAAUAAAGGCAUAUAUUCUAUGCUUGUUUCUCUAUUCAUAAGCUUUAUGUAUCGAUAGUGUUAGAUUUCGGGAAAACUCCUCAAUCGGAGUGAUCCAUUGAUCAAUAUUUAUAGGAUUACAAUGAGAAACCUAAUCAUAUUAGGUAACUACAAGAUAUGUAAAGAUAUCAUAAAGAUAAUCUUAUACAAAAUAUAUCCUAAACCUAGAGGAGAAUGUUCUACAAAUAUUCUCUAUCACACCCCCGUAGGCGGAGCGGGAGAAAAUCGGAUGCUCACACUAGAUCUGAAUCAUGCAUCGACGGUAAGGAUAGUAUGGUACCCCAUGAUCAAAAGAGAAGUAGUAGACAUGUACCGGUGAUGACGAUGAGAAGCAACAUCCAAGACCUACGUACAGUAGAUAUAAGCGUUGUUAGGCCGGAGGAGAAGGAGAAGAGUCGUGCAUAGACUUGGGCCAAGUUGCAGAUCCAGAGAAGAAGAAGCUAAGGGAUCAAACCAUCAUUGGGGAGAAGACACUAGCUUACUACGGGAAAUCACAAUUGAGGAAAAAGAAAUAAAAUUGCUCAAUAAGCUACUAAAAUCCCACCACUUAACCAUUUGAAACAUUUACCUCUUUAAAAAAAAAAAAAAAUAAAUAAAUAAAUAAAAAAUAAAAAAUGACCCACAUAAGGAGAUAAAUCCCACCAAAAAUAACCAAAGUUGCGGCUAUGCACUUGUGAUAAAAAUAAAAAUAAAUUAAAAAAAAGUCAAAAAAAGUAUUGUUGCUAGUGCAAAAAAAAAAUCGAACACCUCUUCUUUAAGUUGUUGUACUGUAGUUGAAUAAGGCUCCAACCAAAGAAUAUGACCUCCGCUAGGGAAGGGGGCUCAGAGCGAGCGAUAUGAAAACUAAUUAAGGUGGUAGAGGGUGACUUUGUUGGUGGUGGUGGUGUUGUUGAGGAAGAUCCUGCCAACAACGACAUUGAGAAAAAAGACUAACAAAAGGGUGGUUCGUGAGUCUGGUUCAACCAAGACUAUUAUAAGUCAUUGGAGAUGGUGAUACAUUAUGCAACCUUGCAAUUCACUCACAGAUUAGGCUAAAGUAGGAGGACUAUGAGUGAGCAAGGUGGCGUAUCAGGUGGAGAACCAAGAGGUAGAGGUGCUGAACAAAUCUUUUGUGUGUGGUGGGAAGUCGGAGCACGAGAGAGGCUGCAGGUGCUGGUCAACCAACGUACUCCAUGAUUAAAUUGCGGAAGCAAAUAAAUUGUGUUUUGUGUAAUUGUUUGUGAAUCCCGCCGAUGGGCUUAAUUUUCUAACCCACCGACAGGGGAAGAGAAAAUUUUAGAUCUAAACAAUUCCAUGAUCUAACCUAAGCUGUGAUACCAUGUCAGAUAAUAUAAGAUAUGUAAAGAUAUCAUAAAGAUAAUCUUAUACAAAAUAUAUCCUAAACCUAGAGGAGAAUAAUCUACGAAUAUUCUCUAUCAGAUAGCUAUGGCGAAAUGUACAGAACUCUAAUACAACUUGCAGUUACUUUGUAAGGAUAGAAAAUGUCAUGCAGCUUACCAAAGAGCCUGCAAAUUAUCCUGUAUUAAGGUGCAAAACCAAUACUUAAAAAGUUAAAAAGUAUAUGUAUAUAUUUGCAAAAAUGACUUAAAAAUCUGACUAGAUCAAAUUUCAGGAAAUCAAAUAGGCAGUUUUUCUUGCAUUAAGUAGUCUUUUGAUUGGCAGGAAUACAUACAUGAAAAUAUCAUUUACGAAUACUCUUUCACUAACAACAGUGCAACACUAUCGAUCAAUGGACUUAGAAUCUCUGUCAAACCAACACUUUUGACUUCACUGCCUCUUUUGGUAGUCAACAUUCUUCCAAAGGAAGAAGACAGCUAAGUUUUUAUGGCCCUGAGAGCUUGGAAAAGCAAAGAGCAUAGGUUCUUUUUAUCAUAUCAGUAAGCAUCUUGCAUCUACAGAUACAAAAACUCUGUUGAAUUUGUGUGCGUUCACAACUGUUUUAACUGUUAUUCUGAAACAUCCAGAAACAUUAAGCUUAUAUUUUAACACUUAUAAUAGCUUCUCAAUUCUUUUCGUUUAUUUUUAUAAAUGUUAUUGCUUUCUGACUACUAAUGUGUGAACAUGAUUGGAAAGAAGAUGUUGUCAGACUGAUACUUGUUUCCCAAUUAAGCAUAACUAAGGCAUCUGAGGGAGAGAAGAGGGGUUCAUACCAAAGAUAAGACGCUAUUAUUUCUAUUAAAGAAAAGGAGUUAUACAGUAAGCAUGAUUAGAAGACGAUGCUAGCCUCCAACUCUCAAUCUAUCUCCAUCCUUGCCUAAGGGGCGAAAAAUGAAUAUAAUAUUAUAUGUAAGGAAACACAUGUGAAAUUUGAGAAUGGAAGAAGGAGGUGGAUUCUUUAUUUUAUAUUUUGUUUUUGGUGCAGUGCAUGAAUAAAGGCUAAAGUUUGCAUGAUUAUGAACGUUCGUUACUUUCCCAAUUGGUAAACCUUGCAUACAUUAUGUUUUACAAAAAUCAACAAAGAGGUGUAAAGAAUGGCUCCAAUAGCAAUGUGAAGAAUCUUACAGGUCCAUCAUGUAUUUAAGAAUCAGGUCAAGUUGAUGAGAACAACGCCGAAUCAUGGCCCAUCAAAAGCUAAUCCUGAUAAAUCUUCUCCAUUGAGAUA